AUGAGACUCCCCAAACUCCUCACUUUCUUGCUUUGGCACCUGGCUUGGCUGGACCUGGAAAUCAUCUGCACUGUGUUGGGUGCCCCUGACUUGGGCCAGAGACCCCAGGGGGCCAGGCCAGGCUUGGCCAAAGCAGAAGCCAAGGAGAGGCCCCCUCCGGCCCGGAGCAUCUUUAGGCCAGGGGGUCACAGUUAUGGUGGGGGGGCCGCCAAUGCCAGGGCAAAGGGGGGCACCGGGCAGACAGGAGGCCUGACACAGCCCAAGAAGGAUGAACUCAAAAAGCCGCCCCCAAGAUCGGGCGGCCCUGAACCCAAGCCAGGACGCCCUCCCCAGACAAGGCAGGCGGCAACGCGGACGGUGACCCCAAAAGGACAGCUUCCUGGGGGUAAGGCACCUCCAAAGGCAGGAUCUGUCCCCAGCCCCUUCCUGCUGAAGAAGGCCAGGGAGACCAGGCCCCCUCAAGAGCCCGAGGAGCCAUUCCGCCCGCCCCCCAUCACGCCCCACGAGUACAUGCUCUCGCUGUACAGGACACUGUCUGAUGCUGACAGAAAGGGAGGCAACAGCAGCGUGAAGUUGGAGGCUGGCCUGGCCAACACCAUCACCAGCUUUAUUGACAAAGGGCAAGAUGACCGAGGUCCUGUGGUCAGAAAGCAGAGGUACGUGUUUGACAUUAGUGCCCUGGAGAAGGAUGGGCUGCUAGGGGCCGAGCUGCGGAUCUUGCGGAAGAAGCCCUCGGACACGGCCAAGCCAGUGGCCCCCGGCAUCGGGCGGGCUGCCCAGCUGAAGCUGUCCAGCUGCCCCAGCGGCCGGCAGCCGGCAGCCUUGCUGGAUGUACGCUCCGUGCCAGGCCUGGACGGAUCUGGCUGGGAGGUGUUCGACAUCUGGAAGCUCUUCCGAAACUUUAAGAACUCGGCCCAGCUGUGCCUGGAGCUGGAGGCCUGGGAACGGGGCCGGGCCGUGGACCUCCGUGGCCUGGGCUUUGACCGGGCUGCCAGGCAGGUCCACGAGAAGGCCCUAUUCCUAGUAUUUGGCCGCACCAAGAAACGGGACCUGUUCUUUAAUGAGAUUAAGGCCCGCUCGGGUCAAGAUGAUAAGACUGUGUAUGAGUACCUGUUCAGCCAGCGGCGAAAAAGGCGGGCCCCACUGGCCACGCGCCAGGGCAAACGGCCCACCAAGAACCCCAAGGCCCGCUGCAGUCGGAAGGCGCUACAUGUCAACUUCAAGGACAUGGGCUGGGAUGACUGGAUCAUCGCACCGCUUGAGUACGAGGCCUUCCACUGCGAGGGGCUAUGUGAGUUCCCCUUGCGCUCCCACCUGGAGCCCACGAACCAUGCAGUCAUCCAGACCCUGAUGAACUCCAUGGACCCCGAGUCCACCCCGCCAACCUGCUGUGUGCCCACACGACUGAGUCCCAUCAGCAUCCUCUUCAUUGACUCUGCCAACAACGUGGUCUAUAAGCAGUAUGAGGACAUGGUAGUGGAGUCUUGUGGCUGCAGGUAG